AUGACUCUCGUGUCUAGACUCGCGAGCGUGUCGUGCCUGGGAAGGCACGCGACGCGCGGCGGCGUCCUCUCCCGAGGCGCGCCGGUCGCGUUCGCCUCGCCGAGCGUCGGAACGACCACGACGGUCCUCGCGCGACGCUCGAGCGCGGGGCGCAGGGCGGCGCCUCCCGGGGUCGUCUCCUCGUCGCGUCGGUUCGUCGUCGCGCGCGCCGCGGUGUCCACGACCGCGAAGGACGAAGCGUCGACGUCCGCGGCCGCGGCGUUCAAGCGCCACGAGCGCAUCGCCGCCAUCAAGGGCUCCGACGGCGGCGUCUCGCGCAUCGGCGACGCCGUCGAACUCCGCGGCUGGGUCAGGACCGUCCGCGCGCAAAAAGACUUGUCCUUCGUGGAGGUGAACGACGGCUCGUCGCUGUCCGGCAUCCAGGCUGUCGUCACCGCCGACGCGACCGGCGCGGAGCUCCUCGCGGACGGCGCCAUCACCACCGGCGCGGCGGUCGUCGUCCACGGCGUCGUCGUGGAGUCCCCCGGGGGGAAGCAGGCGGUGGAGGUCAAGGCGACGGCGGUGGAGCUCGUCGGCGGCGCCGACGCGUCCACGUUUCCGCUGCAAAAGAAGCGCCACACGCUGGAAUUUUUGCGCGGGAUCGCGCACCUCAGGCCGCGCACGAACACGAUCGGCGCGGUGACGCGCGUGAGGAACCAGCUCGCGUACGCGACGCACACGUUCUUCCAGAGCCACGGGUUCCAGUACGUCAACACGCCGAUCAUCACCGCGUCGGAUUGCGAAGGCGCGGGGGAGCAGUUCCAAAUCACGACACUGCUCAACGGAAUCGACGGGCCGAAGGGCGCCGACGCCGCCGCCGCCGCCGGUUCGAUCCCCGCCGCCGGCGGUGACGUCGACGCCGCGAAGGCUGCCGCCGCCGCGCAGGGCGCGGUCGUGAAGGACCUCAAGGAGAAGAAGAAGAACGGCGACGCGACCAAGGAGGACGUCGACGCCGCCGUCGCGACGCUCCUGGAGCUCAAAGCCGCCGUCGAGGCGAUCGAGCGCCCGCCGGCCGGCGACGCCGCGACGCCGGCCGGCGGCCACGGCGAGGUUCCGCGGCGUAAGGACGGGUCCGUGGACUACGCGAAGGACUUCUUCGGGAAGCCGUCGUACAUGACGGUGUCCGGGCAGCUCAACGCGGAGAUUUACGCGUGCGCGAUGCGCGACGUGUACACGUUCGGGCCGACGUUUCGCGCGGAGAACAGCAACACCUCGAGGCACCUCGCGGAGUUUUGGAUGGUCGAGCCGGAGCUCGCGUUCUCGGACCUCCAGGACGACAUGGACUGCGCGGAGGCGUACUUGAAGCACUGCAUCUCGCACGUGCUCGAGCACUGCGACGAGGAUUUGGAAUUUUUCGAGAAGAACGUCUCCAAGGACAACCUGAGGGAGCGCCUACGCGGCGUCGCGACGACGCCGUUCGCGCGCAUCACGUACACGGAAGCCGUCGAGCACGUCCUCAGCGCGAAGAAGAAGUUCGAAUUCCCCGUGGAGUGGGGCAGCGACCUGCAGUCCGAGCACGAGCGGUACAUCUGCGAGGAGGUGUACAAGGACGUCCCGGUCAUCGUGCGCGAUUACCCCAAGGGCGUCAAGGCGUUUUACAUGCGCGAGAACGACGACGGGAAGACCGUCGCCGCGAUGGACGUCCUCGUGCCGAAGGUUGGCGAGCUCAUGGGCGGGUCCCAGCGCGAAGAGCGUCUGGACGUCCUCGAGCGAAGGAUCGAGGAGGUGGGGUUGGAGAAGGAGAGCUACUGGUGGUAUCUGGACUUGCGCAGGUACGGCUCCGUGCCGCACGCGGGUUUCGGCCUCGGGUUCGAACGCCUGGUGCAGUACGUCACGGGGGUGGAGAACAUCCGAGACGCGAUUCCGUUCCCGCGGUACCCGGGCAGCGCGGAGUUUUAA